AUGUAUUCAGAAUAUUCCACACAAAACGAUCCUUGGACGUCUCCCAAGGAUCAUAUAUCUACGACAGAUGCCACUUAUUCAAAACAAUUUACAACUAAAAGACCAUUGAGGGAAAAAAAUCCAAAAAAUAUCAAACACGUGUCGUACAAAGAAAAAACUCCGCAAGUGGUGGCGCGACGGAAUGCUCGAGAAAGAAGAAGAGUCCAAGCUGUCAACAUGGCUUUUGUGAGAUUGAGAAAGGCCAUUCCAUAUCAGAAUGCGAGAGGAAAGAGGAUAAGUAAAGUAAAAACUCUGAAAAAUGCGAUAAAGUAUAUCCAGGAGCUGGAAAUAAUAUUGCACGAUACCAACAUAUAUGAGGCGUAUUAUAAAUAUGAUAAAUACCAUGAUUUUAUAUGCCUACCUGGCAAAUAUGAUUAUGAAAUGGAAUGAAGAAACUAUCUUCGUAGAAUUAUAUUCAAGAUCAAACUUAUAUUCGUAAGAU